AUGCUGAUACAGGUGGAGGGGUCUGGUCUCCGAACUGGUGGUGGAAGUGAUGAUGAUGAAGAUGAUGACGAUGAUGACGAUGAUUACGAUUCUCCAUUAACAUUACAUACUCUCGAAGAUGGAUUGAUGCCGAUACAGGUGGAGGGGUCUGGUCUCCGAACUGGUGGUGGAAGUGAUGAUGAUGAAGAUGAUGACGAUGAUGACGAUGAUUACGAUUCUCCAUUAACAUUACAUACUCUUGAAGAUGGAUUGAUGCCGAUACAGGUGGAGGGAUCUUGCCUCCGAACUGGUGGUGGAAGUGAUGAUGAUGAAGAUCAUGAUGAUGAAGAUGACGAUGAUUACGAUUCUCCAUUAACAUUACAUACCCACGAAGAUGGAUUAAUGCCGAUACAGGUGGAAGAGUCUGUUCCCCAAAGUGGUGGUGGAAGUGGUGAUGAUGAUGAUGACGAUGACUACGAUUCUCCGUAUUUAUUACAUACCCUCAUAGAUGGGUUUAUGCCGAUACAGGUGGACAGGUCUGGUACUGGAAGUGGUGGUGGAGGGGUAGAUGAUGAUGAUGUCGAUGAUUACGAUUCUCCAUUAACAGUACAAACCCACGAGGAUGGAUUGAUGCCGAUACAGGUGGAAGGGUCUGGUCCCUGA